UUCUGAUAGCUGUUUUUGUUUACUUUUGGUAAAUCUGCAGGAAAGCAAUUGCUGGGUCAUAAAGUAGGUUCCUUUCUAGUGUUCUGCAAAAUCUCCAGACUGUUGUCACAAAGGUUGGACCAGCUUACACUCUCACCAGCACUGCAGAAGUGGCCCUUUUCCCCACACCCUCUUUAACGUUUAUUAUUUUUUUCGCCUCUAAUGUAUGGCACUCUCACUGGUGUACAGUGGAAUCUCAUUGUUUUCUUCAUCACAUUUUCUGCUUCCUUACAGGUCUCCUGGUUCUCCUCACCUGCAGAUUUAAAGCCAUAAUAAGAAACGAUGCUUCUCUUUGCCUUGCUCCUAGUCUUAGGACUGUCGAUGGUAGAAACCCAAGAUUUUCAGAAUGGAAGUCAUAAUGAGCUUGCAAAAUCACCCAACAUAAGUGAGAGAAGAUGGACAUAUAGCCUGAAAUGCCACGACUGCUGGGCCAUUAACAACUUCAACUGUCCAAAUGUUAGAGAAUGUCCUUAUGACAUUAGGCGUUGUCUGAUAAUCUCCAUUCGCUUGAAUAGUCGUGAACUACUUAUUUACAAGAACUGUACUCUCAACUGCACAUUUUUAUACCCAAGCCAAGUACCUCCUGAAGCCCCAAGAAAACUCAAAAUUAAUCACUUCUAUUUUGUUCGUUGCUGUGGUUCGAUGACCUGCAAUGAAGGAGGGAUAACAAACUAUGAGAGGGACAUUGAAUCUGAUGAGUCACUUGAGGAGGACACAGAAGGAGCUGGACAAUUGGAGUGUACAUUUCUCCUGACCCUUGCCUCCAUUCUAGUCAGCAGUAUGCUUAUGUGGGAAGAUCUCGUUUGAACAGUCUGGUCAGCUACAUUCUUCAACACAUGUUCUUCUCUCCAAACUUGAAAUAUUGAGACAUUAACUCACACAACCCCACUUGUUGAGUUCUGCAUUUGUAGAUUAUUU